UUUUUGGUUGUGAAGAUGGCAUCAAAGUUGAUACAAGUUCAAUCAAAGGCAUGUGAAGCUUCGAAAUUUGUGGCUAAGCAUGGAACUUCCUACUACAGACAGCUGCUGGAGAAGAACAAGCAGUACAUCCAGGAGCCAGCCACUGUGGAGAAGUGCCAAGAGCUGUCUAAGCAAUUGCUCUACACCCGUCUUGCUAGCAUCCCCGGACGCUAUGAAACCUUCUGGAAGGAACUAGACUACGCAAAGAACUUGUGGAAGAACAGAGCCGAUCUGAAGGUAGAAGAUGCCGGAAUCGCUGCAUUGUUUGGUCUCGAAUGCUUCGCGUGGUAUUGCGCAGGUGAAAUCACCGGCAGAGGAUUCACCUUCACAGGAUAUUACCCUUGA